GCACACACCCUCCACCAUGGGCUCCCCGGCGGCUGCAUCUUGGCCUCUCCGGCUCCCUGCGCUCCGUCCGCGGACACUCCGGGCGCCUCGGGCCGCUCCUCCUCCUCCUCCUCCGCUGCUGCUGCUGCGACCCGGAGCCUCCGUCUCGGCCCGCAGGGGGCUCAACGUCCAGGCGGCGGCGGCGGCGAAGCUGAAGAGCAUCGAGGAUCUUCCGGGGCCCAGCACGGCCACCAGCCUGUACUGGCUGCUGGUGAAGGGCUACGCGGAGAAGACGCACCUCCUGCAGGGCGUCCAGAAGAACCUGUACGGACCCAUCUGGCGCUCCAGGUUCGGCCCGUUCGACAUCGUCAACGUGGCGACGGCGGACCUCAUCGCUCAGGUGAUCCACCAGGAGGGCCGGUACCCGGUCCGGGCCGAGCUGUCCCACUGGAAGGAGUACCGGGACCUGAGGGGGCAGGCGUACGGGCUGCAUGUGGACACAGGACCAGAAUGGUACCGGAUCCGCAGCGUCCUGAACCCCAAGAUGCUGAAGCCGCGGGAGGUGAUGAGCUACGCUCCCGUCAUCCACCAGGUGGUCGGAGAUCUGCUGCAGCGCGUCGAGCUGCUGCGGCGUCGCAGUCCGGACCAGGCCACGGUCUCAGACCUGGCCGCCGAGUUCUACAAGUUCGGCUUUGAAGGUAUCUCCGCCGUCCUGUUUGAGACGAGGCUCGGCUGCCUGCAGGAGGAGAUUCCUCACGACACGUUGCGCUUCAUCGCCGCCGUCAACGACAUGAUGAGCCUGUCGGACACGGUGCUGCUGCUGCCCCGCUGGAGCCGCGACAUCCUGCCCUUCUGGAAGCGCUUCGUCCGGGCCUGGGACGACCUCUAUGAUGUAGCUCGGACGCUCAUCGACAGGAGGACGGCGGAAAUCGCAGCUCAGGUGCGCAGCGGCGAGGCCGCAGAGGGGAUGUACCUGACCCACCUGCUGUCGUCCGACAAGCUGAGCAGAGCCGAGGUCUACGUCAGCGUGACCGAGCUGAUGCUGGGGGGAGUCGACACGACGUCCAACACCUUGUCGUGGGCCUUGUACCACUUGUCGAGGGACAGCCGGGUUCAGGACGUCCUGUACGGCGAAGUGAACUCGGUGUGUCCAGACAAACGGCAGCCGACCACGGACGACCUGAGCAGGAUGCCGUACCUGAAGGCCGUCAUCAAGGAGACGCUACGCCUUUAUCCCGUCGUGCCUGGAAACGGACGCUUCGUCACAGAGAAUGAGGUGAUCGUGGACAACUACUGGUUCCCCAAGAAGACCCAGUUCCACCUGUGCCACUACUCCGCCUGCCACGACGAGUCCGAGUUCCCGGACGCCGAGCACUUCCUGCCGGAGCGCUGGCUUCGGACCGAGCCGCCGGGCAGCCGCUGUGGCCGGACGUGGCCCGGCUUCUACCAGCACCACCCGUACAGCUUCAUCCCGUUCGGCGUGGGCGUCCGGGCCUGCGUGGGGAAGAGGCUGGCCGAGAUGGAGAUGUACUUCGCUCUGUCCAGGCUGAUCCAGAACUACCGGGUCCGGGCCGAGGACGGCGCUCCGACUGUGGAGGCCAAAACUCGGACGCUGCUCAUCCCGGCUUCGCCCAUCAACCUGCGCUUCUCUCCCAGAGCCUGAAGGAGGCGCCGCUGAGGAGUGUCCCGGGGAGGAACAAAAGGUCUUUUCUCCAUCUGACUAACCGACGGAUCGGACCUGCGUGAGGACACAAACACCGGCUUUAAUCCAAACACUUUGUCUUUUGCAUCGUAUCGAACGUCACCAUGAACUCAACGCACUUUGCUCCGCCGGCUUUGUUUGUGGUUUCCAUCGUUUGUCACAAAGCCGGAGCAGGUUUUCAGUUUUACAUGUAAAAAGCGACACGCUGGGUGAACACCGCCCCCUUCUGGCGCUGACGGGCAUCACAGCAUGAACACAGUCAGUGUGUCGCUGAGCUCUGGAUGUCUUUUUAACUUCUUAAAAUUGCUUUUGCACAAACACACAUGUAUAUAUAUGUAUGUAGAGUAUAUUUUAUGGCUUCCAAAAUAAAAGCAGCUAAUUUUAUUUUCACCCUUCACAAUAAAGUUAAAUGUGAAACGCAGCAAAAAUAAACGUCAGCGUUUGAUUUUG